GUGGACCUUGUAUUUGGCUGAUGCCCUCAUGAUGACAGUGACGAAUGCUGCUAACGGCGUUGCUGAUGGCGUUGUGAUCAUGGCUAUGUCGGGGGAACAGGGGCUCACCCGACAGACCUACAUCAACCAGAAGAUGCUAAGCAUGGCCGUGGCCAAGGUAGCCGCAGCCCCUAUGGCGAGGGGUGUCCUGCCCUGGCUAGGCCGCAAUGGCUACGGCUGUGUGCAAAUGCUUGUGACGGCGGCUGGCUUUCUGGGUGUCUACAAGAU